AUGCCAACAUAUGCUCUACUUGGAGCUACAGGCUCAACCGGAUCAGCGAUCUUACGAUGCUUCCUUUCGCAGCCGCCAAAGUCUCUCGCACUCAAUAUCUUCGUACGAUCCGAACCCAAACUCCGCAAAUUGUUUCCAGAUCUUGAGAGCACGACCGCCUUUAAGACUAAUAUUAUCGAAGGCAUACCAAGUGACAGUACCGCAAUACGAGAAUGUCUAGAGAAUGUCGACGUAGUGAUGGCAUGCAUCGGGUCGAACGAGAGCAAACGAGGCAUGUCCCUGAGCUACGACACCGCCACCGCCAUUAUCGACGCCCUAAAGUCGAACCGAGAGACUCGAGGUUCUGCUUAUAAACCUCCAACAAUAAUUCAACUCCGGAGCGCCUCGCUGAACCCGAUAUUGAGCGCUGCUAUGCCCUGGAUCGCUCGGAAAAUGGCAGGCUUCUGCUUCCACUACAUCUACGAGGACUUGGACCGAGCUUGUAAACUCUUCGCCUCUUCCGCAGCAGAUUCGCCGGGGUUGCUAGAUUACAUCUUUAUAGACCCGCCAUCCAUUCACGACGCUGAUGGCACGAUGCCGACGGGGUACAAAUUGAUUCUAGACGAGAAGCAGGAAGGAGCGCUAAGCUAUGCGGAUCUCGGAGCAGCAUUUUGCGAAGUAGCGGAACGGAGAGAGGAAUUUGCUGGAAAGGGUGUUGGUGUCACGGCGACAGGCACUGUGAAUUUGACCUGGGGGACCUUGCAAGGGUAUAUGGCUACAGGUGCGAAAUCGAGGAUAUGGGGUUGA